AUGACCAUCAUUCGUGCUCUGUCCUUGCCUCGGUCGGCGGUUAUUGUGGGAUAUGCUCGAACUCCGAUUGGCUCCUUUUUGGGGAGACUGUCGUCCUUCAAAGCACCUCAGCUGGGAGCCCAUGCGAUCACAAGGGCCUUGGCUCAAGCUAAGGUCGAUGUGGGUGAGGUGGAUCAAGUGAUUAUGGGGCAUGUAUUGUCAGCUGCAUGUGGACAGGCACCAGCGCGUCAGGCUGCCUUAGCGGCUAAGUUGCCGUCGUCUACUAAUGUGAUGAGUGUGAAUAAAGUGUGCAGUAGUGGCAUGAAGGCCGUCUCUAUGGCUGCGGCUUCGAUCGCUAUUGGAGAGGCGGACGUGAUCGUCGCGGGAGGGAUGGAGUCUAUGAGUAAUACGCCUCACGCACUAACGGAAGCUCGGAGUGGAGGAUAUAAAUAUGGCCAUGGUCAGCUAGUGGAUCUUGUCCUGAGGGAUGGUCUCUGGGAUGUGUACAAUGACAUUCACAUGGGCAAGUGUGCCGAGAAAACCGUCAAAGAGUUCGGCAUCACUCGAGAGGAGCAAGAUGACUAUGCGAUCCAAUCCUAUCAAAGGGCAGCGGCAGCCUGGAGUAGAGGGAAGAUGAAGAACGAGGCAUUUCCAGUCGAAGUACCUUCAACCGUCAAAGGCGGCGAACCUAAAAUUUUUUACAGUGACGAGGAGUUCACAAAUUUGAAAAUCGAACGGGUAGCGGCCGUGAGACCAGCCUUUCUCAAGGACGGCACCAUCACAGCCGCUAAUGCGUCCAAACUGAACGAUGGCGCUGCGGCGCUGGUUGUUGUCAGUGAGGAGUUUUCCCGAGAGCAAGGCUUGACCCCAUUGGCUCGGAUUAUAUCGUGGGCAGAUUUCGAGCAGGACCCAAUAGACUAUUCCUUGUCACCAGCCGGAGCAGCGCGGGUGGCCCUGCAAAGAGCGGGGAUGACGACGAAGGACGUGGAUGUGUGGGAGAUCAACGAGGCAUUCUCUUCGGUGGCGAUAGCUAAUAUGAGGUUAUUGGAGCUGGACCCAUCGAGAGUUAAUGUAGAUGGAGGAGCGGUUGCUCUCGGGCAUCCCAUAGGAGCCUCGGGAGCUCGCCUGGUGGGGACUCUCAGCAGAAUUCUCGGUCAUCAUUCGCACAAUACCAGUACGGCAACAUCGCAGUUGCAGGGGGAAGUGAGUCAUAUGCGGGCGACUCUGACGUUGGCAAAGGAGUCCCGAAAGAGGUCAGAGCUGGACGCUCAACUCCUGGCCAAUCGCAUAGCGCUUUUGAAACAAGAGGAGGAGAAGGCGUGGAAGAAAAUACAGGAGACUCGUAGAAAGGCGGAGCAGAUCAACACACUGCGUGCCGAAAAUGAAGCUAAAAUGCUCGCCAGGGAAGAGAUGCAUAAGAAGCAACGGCAAGCGACUGAAGCCAUCCAGGUGCGAAAUGCCUCUUUGAAGGACAAGUCCAGGCAGCAACGGGAGGCGUCGAAGUCCGCGGUGCUCGAAACGAAGCGGUAUCUUGUGCGAGAAGGUCGGGAGGAACAGAUGAAGUUACAACGACAGAGGCAGGAGGAGUGGAUGAGAGAUAGAGGGUUGAAUACGACUAGGGUUACGGCGAUACGUAAUCAGAAGGAGAAUGCAAGGAAGAAAAUUGAGGAGGAGAAGUUACGGAAGUUGGAGAACUCGAGAAUAGAAUAUGAAAAUAAAGUUCAACAAGAGGAGGCGAUUCGCUCUCGUACUGAGUCGUUGGUAUCCGCUAUGGAGAGGGAAGAGAUGGAGCUUAUUCAACGCCUUCAAAACACGCAGAAUAUACAGCGAUCGGCCUACCAAGAGUUGGAGAACGCGUUGGGGAAGAGUAGUCGAAGCCCGUUGGCGACUAGCAGCACUUUUGUGCGGGACAGUAGCAAGGGUGGUAUACGAGAGGCAUCGGCCCCGUCGACCGCUGUCUCGCCUCCUGCUCCACAGGGUCAGGAUAGCACUGCAUGA